CUCGGAGAAGAAAAAUCGUCCGUCGUCGUCUCGUCCGUCAGUCUAGAUUCACUUGUCCCGUGGUUCGGUUGGUGCGCGUUUUUGGUGUGUGAUUCCGGCCGAUAAUAUCCAUUAUUAUUUCGCUAGGUGCUAGGUGCUUGGUGGUAGAAGUGGGAACCGGAUAGAAGAAGAUUGCGGUGGAAAAUCGCGUGACUGUCGAAAAAAAUAAAGCAGAGUGACGGCGGCCCAAGGAAAGACGGUCGUCUUGCUGCAUCAAGAAGAGUGCCGAAUUUGUUCGUUCUUCGGGGUGUGCGAUUAUUUUUAGCUUGCAAAAUUUCGGCUUUGGUCAGCGCCGGAUUUUGUGCUGCCGGUUUGCGUGUGUGUGGGAAUUGAAAUUGUUCUCCGAAACCUGCGGGACCAAGUGGGUGAAAGGCUCGCCUCUGCAUUAGCUAAGCGUGCGAAUGCAAGUGCAUAGUGCAGUAGGUAAUAACUGUGGUGUUGCAAUUUAUUGUGAAGCAACGAGAUCCAGUGCAGUGAAGUUUGAUUGAAUUUGGCAAAAAAGGCAGAAGAAGCGCACAGCUUGCCUUGACUGCGUGGAAGUUUCGUGCGAAACAGUAUCCAAAAGAGAAAGCCAGAGAAGAAGAAACAGAAAAAUCGUACGAUUCGCCACAUAAACACUUUUGUGUGGUGUGAAUCUCUCGCUCGUUUUGUCUUUGGUUGCGCCCCAGCCGCAACAGUAGAGUGAAAAGGAGAAGAAAGCGCGGUCCUGACCGUGUGUGACAGUAGUUUCCUUCUCCGUUGUUUACAGCAUUGUUGACUAACCUCGCGCGGGUGUGAUUGUUUUGCAUCGUGUCCCAUACUCCUUCCGGUACGUGAAUGCCGUCUAGUCAAGGUUACCGUAAGGUAGCAUCCGAGCCGGUAGACCCGGAGCCUGAAGUCCCCUCGCCAUCAACAAACGACACAACAAUGCCCAGCCAACAGCAGCAGAAGUCGGGCGCGGAACCACAAACCGUAGUCACGGGAAAUCCUGCGGGAAAGAUUCCGGCCACAUAUUCACAGCAGCGGCUAAUGCCGGUCGAUUCGGAUAGUGUUUCCUCCACGCUGGGUGAAGCCGAUCAGGAAACGGCUCCGCAUGGUGGUGGCGGCGGUGGAGGCACAGGAGGUGGUAUCGUUGGCGGACCUUGGGGUACCGACGAUGAGCAAUCGUUUACGGAUAGCUUCACCCCAAGAGUUUCCCGGAGGAAGGCGUGGUUCACCGUGAUCGUGCUAUGCUUCGUCAAUCUCAUCAACUACAUGGAUCGGUUUACGAUUGCAGGUGUGCUGAAAGACAUUCAGGACGACUUCCAAAUCGGCGAUGACGAGGGCGGCCUGCUGCAGACGGCCUUCGUGGUGUUCUACAUGGUGUUUGCGCCGGUGUUCGGCUACCUGGGCGAUCGGUGGUCCCGCAAGUGGAUCAUGGCCCUCGGGGUGCUUCUGUGGAGCACGACGACCCUGCUCGGGUCCUUCAUGACCAGCUACGGGUGGUUCAUCACAUUCCGUGCCAUGGUGGGCAUUGGCGAGGCGUCCUACAGUACGAUCGCUCCGACGAUCAUUUCCGAUCUGUUCGUGGGGGAUUUGCGCUCUAAAAUGCUGGCCCUGUUCUACUUUGCCAUUCCAGUGGGGUCCGGGUUGGGAUACAUCGUCGGCUCGGAAACGGCCAAAUUCUUCGGAUCGUGGGCGUGGGCCCUUCGGGUCACUCCCAUUCUGGGCAUCGUCGCGGUGGUCCUGAUCGCCCUGAUUCGCGACCCGGAACGUGGACAAAGUGAAGGAUCCCAUCACAUGCAAGCCACUUCCUACCGGGAGGACAUCAAGGACAUCGUGCGGAAUCCAUCGUUUAUGCUGUCCACGGCUGGUUUUACCUGUGUUGCCUUCGUUGCCGGAGCGCUGGCCUGGUGGGGACCGAAGUUCAUCUAUCUGGGAUUGGUGUCUCAACCGGGCAACGAAAACAUCACCCUCAACGACGUAUCCUAUAAGUUCGGAAUAAUAGCGAUGCUAGCGGGGCUGAUCGGCGUUCCGGCGGGAUCCUACAUGGCAAGGAGGCUGCGUCCGCAGUAUCCUUCGUGUGAUCCGAUGAUCUGCGCAGCGGGACUGUUCUGCAGCUCACCGCUCAUCUACCUGGCGCUGGUAGUGACCAAGUACAGCGGACCCUGGUGUUUUUGCUUGGUUUUCUUCGCGGAAGUAUCGUUGAACCUGACCUGGUCGAUUGUUGCCGACAUACUGCUGUACGUAGUGGUGCCUACUCGUCGCUCCACAGCGGAAGCCUUCCAGAUUUUGAUCUCGCACGCGCUCGGGGAUGCCGGUAGUCCAUACUUUGUCGGAAAGAUUUCAGAAGCCAUCAAGCGGUUACUGCGGCUAUCGGCAGUCGGCGUCGCUGCCGUUUUCCCUCCGGAUCUAACCAGCUAUUCUCAGCUGGCAGAGAAUGUCACGAUAUCUACCAGCACAACCACCACCACCACGACCACCCUGAGCCCACUUCCACAGGCCGCUGAUGAAGAUACGGCAUCGGUUCAGUUCCGUGCGCUACAGUACGCUCUGUUCUCGACCAGCUUCGUGGAAAUCAUCGGUGGCGUGUUCUUCCUCCUGACGGCGAUGUACAUUCUGCGGGACCGACGAAACGUCGAACGAGCAGUGGCAGGCUGCGAACUAGAACUCAGCGAAAGCUCAUCCGGUUCGGAAACGCUAGAGCCAAACGGCAUCCCUUCAUUGUCAUCAGCCCAUCAACGGCAGCGUAGUGGCCGUCACCAUCACCACCCAGAACAGCAACAGCAAAACCAACGACGACAGUCGUCGGGAGCCAUUUGUCCAUCGUCAUCGUCCUAACAGCAACCGCCAAUCGAGAUCAUUUAAUUGGUAGUGUCAUUUGGAUCCUAAAGAUCGCAGGACGGGACGCAGGAUCCAAACGGUGUGCCUACCAAUCCGUUGUUGUUACUUUCGUUCGAACCCAGAACCAAAUGCCACUCACCAAACCGCACAAGUGUUGAGCACUACACUGACUGUGUCCCAUUGUAGCCAUUUAGAAAGUCACACUGCCAGCGCGUCGGACAAUUCGACAUCUAGUUCGCGUUUGGACAAUUCGACAUCUAGUUCCUCCGUCUCCGAAUAAUAAUAGCCGUAGUAGGGUUAGGUAAAGCAAUAUCACACACACUCACAUAGAAUCACAUCAGAUUCGGGUGGGUCUACGCCACCGCACCAGCUUCUCCUCCUUAUGUUUCUCGACCAUUCAUGACAGAGGAAGUGCCACGAUCACCAGCAACAAGGCGGUCAUAGCGAAACGCUAUGACAGAUUCUCAACGCCGGGCAUCGGGCAUCCAACUACACUUGUAGUGUACGGGCCAUGAGGUCAUCGGACCAAUCCUUCCUAAUACACACAGCCACACGGAGUAUAAUGUUACUCUUGAACAAGAAUCACAAUCAUCCCCCCCAUCCUACUCCAGACCCCAAAGCCAUCGACCGUAUUUGUAAAUAAGAAGAAUCCACUAACGGUUCGCACCCUGACUGAGUUUCCUAUGUCUAUUUAGAACUCAUUUUACCAUUACCAGAGAAGUAACGCGGAUCAAGAUGGUCAAUGUUGGGAGAAACAAGAGAAAAACACUCAUAAAGGACUGAUACUAAUUUUAGUGUAAAUUUAGCGAAACAAUUUGAUAAUCGUAAAAAAAAGAAAAAAAAAAAAACAAACGGAGAAUUCCUAUUCCUUUUCUUGUAAAUUUUCCCGUCUAAUUUUUGGCGUUCGAUCGGCAGCAGUAUGUUAGGAGGCAAAUUGCGAAAAAAAAGUAGAAUGUGAGAAUGCGUCCUUUGAAUGAGUGUUUUUGAUGAGCUCAAGCCGAAGCCAAUUCUCACUCGUCCCAAAAAAAUUGUCUCCUUUCCAACAAAAAAAUAAUAACGCAGAGUCUGCAAUGUUCUUUUUGGUCUCUGCUUGAGAAAGUGUCGUCAGAGGACAAUUACUAUUGUAUAAAGGAACCAUUUUGUUUAUAAUCUUUUCGGAAAAUUGUAUUCCACCAUAACUGUUGGAACCGAUUGGAGGGUUUUUGAAAGUUUAGAAUGUUUCAGGCAUAGGUUAGCAUACAUCUAAAUAUUUAUUGAUUAUUUAGGCGUAGAAACGUUGUGGAUAGGCGUAAGCGAUAUUAAUUUUUCUUGUAAAAAGAAUCAAGAUACGUUAUACGAAAAUAUCACAAAGGCAAAUAAAAGAAUCAGAAACUUUUAUAACUAAA